UCUUUGGCUAGCCUCGUGCUUUUCGCUGGCUGACUCAUUCUCGACGACACUUCCUCGGUAUUCGGUAUAUCGUCUCUGCUCCGCCAUGACUUGCAAUCCGAGAGCUGUCAAAACCCCCAGCGACGACGCAAAUCCCUAAUUUACCCACAUUUCCGGAGUCGUGACGUUCUGCUUCAUCUCAAGCUUAAUCCUCGAGAGGAAACUAUCCAGUCAUGGCCCCCGUUCACAAGAUUGCCGUUGUUCAACUCUAUGUCAAGCCUUUUCGCCCCGCCGAAAACUUCGCCAGAGCAACCGAAUUCAUCCGGGGCGCAGCAGCACAGGGGUGCCACCUCGCCGUGCUGCCAGAGUUCCAUCUCACGAACUGGAUCCCCGAUGACCCUCGGUUCGCGCCCCUCUGCGCCGACUGGGAGUCAUAUCUACAAGGGUAUCAAGCUCUGGCGAAGGAAUGCAACAUCUGCAUCGUACCCGGAUCCAUCGUGCAAACCAUCCCCGACACAUCGUCCCACCCCCCGGGCUCGCCGAAACUCGAGAACGUCGCCUACUUCAUCUCGAAUACGGGCGAGAUCCUAGGGUCCUACACGAAGAAGAACCUCUGGGGCCCGACGGAGCGAAAGCAUCUGCGCUCCUCGGCCGACGCUCCACACCAGGUCAUACACACGCCCCUGGGUCCGGUGGGCUUGCUGAUCUGCUGGGAUCUGGCCUUCCCUGAAGCCUGGCGCGAGCUCGUAUACCAGGGUGCUAAAAUUAUCAUCCUGCCGACGUUGUGGACACGAAGCGGUGCGUCCGAUGCGGGGCAUCGCUGGAAUCCGUCGGCCGAGUCGCUGUUUCUGGAUAGUAUCAUGACGGCGCGCGCGUAUGAAAAUACCUGUGCGGUGGUAUUCGCCAAUGCGGGGGGUCCGCCGGGGCGCAAUUACUGUGGUCAGUCGCAGGUUACGAUCCCGUAUGCUGGUCCGCUGGUUCGUCUGGGGACCUCGGUCGAGGGAAUGGCUGUAGCGGAUUUGGAUAUGCAGGUUCUGGAAGAUGCGGAGGCCAAUUACUCCUUGCGGGCAGAUUUGACCCACGAAGACUGGCAUUAUAGGCAUACGCGUCGGGAUGGUCUGUAAUCCAAGGGGAAAUUGUAGUAUUGUAGACUAAGUGUAUCUGCGAAUAGCUAUUCUAUAUUCAAUUCAUUUU